AUGGCCGAAGACACCAACGCCGCCUGGCCCAUCGCCGAUGAGUCCCUGACUCAGUCUCUUCUGGACCUCGUUCAGCAAGCCGGCCACUACCGCCAGCUGAAGCGUGGAGCUAACGAAGCCACCAAGACUCUUAACCGCGGUACCUCCGAGCUGAUUGUCCUUGCUGCUGACACCAACCCCCUCGCUAUCGUCCUCCACCUUCCCCUUCUCGCUGAGGACAAGAACGUUCCUUACGUCUACGUUCCCAGCAAGAUGGCCCUUGGACGUGCUACCGGUGUCUCUCGCCCCGUCAUUGCCUGCUCCAUCACCACCAACGAGGCCUCUGAGUUGACCAACCAGAUCCGCACCAUCAAGACCGCCGUUGAGCGUCUGAUGCUGUAA